GAAGAAACCCAAAAAAUAAGGGAAAUCAAAUAGUGCGGAUUUUGGGAAUUGGGAUGGCUUCCGCUGUGAGCGGCUUCUCAUUACUAAAUUUAAAGCCACACCCUCUUCUCAGUAAACCUACAAACGUUUCUUUGUACUUUGGGAAAAGGGCACCGUCUCUUCAAAUUCGAGCAGAUUCCAUGGCUACUGAGACGCUGGGGAUCAAAGUUGAGAAGAAUCCACCUGAAUCCAAGCUUACCGAACUCGGCGUUCGUAAAUGGCCCAAGUGGGGGUGCGGGCCGAGCAAAUUCCCAUGGACAUAUUCGGACAAAGAGACUUGCUAUCUGCUUGAAGGAAAGGUAAAGGUUACUCCUGCUGGAUCAGAGGAAUCUGUUGAGAUUGGCGCUGGAGAUUUGGUUGUGUUCCCAAAGGGAAUGAGCUGCACUUGGGAUGUCUCAGUUGCUGUGGAUAAGCACUAUAACUUUGGUUAGUUGUACAAUAGAACUUGGUGUAUUAUCUCAAGCCUUUAAAUGUUGAUGAACUCCAUGACUGCUUUUCUUGUUGAACCAGAUUUGUAGGUUCUAUUAUUGAAUUGCUUCCGGAACAAACUGAAUUUGAUAUCAAGAUCACAUCUGAGAUUGCAGGUUGUUGUGAACUUGUGAUUGUCAUGCUCCUAAUUAGAAUCUAAGUUUUUCUUGUAUGUUAUGAAACUCCAAAUGAUUGGAUGAAAAAUUCUUGCCAAUAAACAAGAAGAUUCAAAGAA